ACCAUAGAACGGAUUAAUCUUUGUAAUUGUGAAGUAGAAUCAAUUUUUCACUAUCAGACUGGGAUUGAAGCUCAAACUCCAACAUUUCAAUACCUUAAAGAAUUAAUUUGAAAAAAUGUGCAAGAUUGAAAUUUGUCUUCUCUACUCAUAUCUGUCAAGGCCUUCCAGAGUUAUCUAAUGUAUCCAUAUCUGACUGUGAGGAGUUGGAGGCAAUUUUUUUAGGGAAUGAAGAGUCUGACAAGAAUGCAUCCAUAACUGAAACUUGUCUGCUAAAAUUGAGGAGAUUGGAAAUCAAAAAGUGCAACAAGCUGAAAUUCAUUUUAUUUUUCAUUAUCAAUCAUGCUACUACCUCAAUGCUUCCACAACUAAGUACCCUGACUAUAUCAGAUUCUUCUCAGGUGGAAGAAAUUUUCAAGUUCUCUAAUAUUGAAGAUCAUGACAUUGACAGUGAAAGGGAGAUUGUGUUCCCAAACUUGAAACAUAUAACACUUGAGAAGCUUCCAAGACUUGUUAAUGUUUGCCAAGGGUUUAAGAUGCACCCAGGGGAGUUUAUAAGAGUUGACGUCUAUGAAUGCCCAAAAUUUACGUCAAUUAUGAGAGCAACUAUUGAUUGGAAUGGAAAGUUGCAGGUCCCCCAAGCUUCUAUAGAAAAUUCAGAUUUCCAGACUGCAACAGAUGUAGAAGGACAAUUAUCUAUAAAUGAAGAAAAAGGGAUGAUCUUGACCUCAAGAGUAGAACGUAUGUCUCUGAAGGAUUCAGGGAGCCUCAUGUCUUUAUGGGAGGGUCCCAUUCUCAUCAGCUUCCAAACUCUGAAGGACUUAUAUGUAAAUGGAUGCAAGAAAUUGAAGUGUAUCUUUCCCGGCACUGUCAUCAAAAGCCUACCAUGUUUGUGGAAGUUGAAGUGGCUCUUCCCCUCUCUGCCCUCUAGACAAUGCUAUCAGGUAGAGGGACUUUUCAAAUGUGAAGUUGAAAUCCAAGAGGAAAAGUGA